AUGGCCAAAGUAUUCAAAAACUUUUUUCAAUUAGCACGGAACGAUUUGGCCAAUCAGUAUGCUUUACCUGUAAAAUCAUUGACAGGAUUUGUGUUGACGAACCAUCAAGCAAAUAAGAACAAAGCUCUCAACAAAGCUCUCAUAGAGAGUUUGAACAUUCAGAACGAUGACAAGCUAUUAGAACUUGGUUAUGGUCGUGGAAAUGGAUUGAGUUAUGCUUUGGAGAAAAUCGGAAGCGGAAGUGGCAUGGUUUUUGGGAUUGAAAGAUCGGUAUACAUGGAGGAAUAUUGUCGAAAGAAGUUCAUCUUAGAGAUAGCAGAGCAAGAGAAAUUACGACUGGAUCAGGCAAUCGACCUCAGGAACUUGCCUUAUCCUACAGAUUUCUUCGAUCACAUUUACCAUGUUGAUGUGUUCUACUUCAUUCUUCAACAACGUUUACCCCGAAUAUGUACUGAGUUACUCCGAGUUUUGAAGCCGGGAGGAUCACUGGUUUGCGGGAUGAGCUUAUCUAGGCUGAAAAAGUUCACGGAGUGGGGGAUACUCGACGAAUCUCAAUGGGAUCCAAUGCGAUAUAUGACGUGUUUGGAACCAGCUGGAUUCGUGGACGUCAAAAUUAACUACAGCUCAGAGACAGUCAAAACCCCUUAUGAGUUAGUGACUGCUCGGAAGCCACAUGCAGAUGAAUCAUAUUAUGAUCCUAUCGAGAGAAUGCGUCAAUUGGAAAUACAAAUCAAGAAAGACAUGUUGAUCAAGAGAAUGACAGAAAGUGGGCAGAAGCCAACACAGGAAGAUUUUGAAUUGAUUGAGAAAGAGUUAAAAUAG